CAUUAUGAUGUUUGAUGUGUUGAUCAGUGUUGAUUCAGUAUCAACACGUUGUUAUUGAUAGUGAAGUCAAAAUCGAGCAACGAAAAAAAAAAUGUAUCUUCUUGGAAACAUCAUCAGUGCAUUACACAAAGUAGUGGAGUUCUUAGACUUUUCUAGAUGGUAUAUUGGAAUAGUGGUGUGCAUCAUCAUCAUCGUCCUUUUUUUUGCAUCCUUGGAUAUUAAAUUUAAUUUGGACGGUAGGGGUAGUGGUUUGUGGGGUAGCAAGUACAAGAAAAAGUUAAUCAUCGUGCUGGAUGCUGGUUCAAAACCUGAAGAGAUACACGAAGUAAAAGAAACUGAGAUAUUUCUUUUACUCCACCCAGAACUUUUGGAACAACUCGAUGCAGCUGAAAUACCUGAAUUGCUGGACCGUUUAAAAGGCAUUGUCAACAAUAAAUUGAAAAUCCCUCUAGUCGAAAUCCACCAAAGCAGCAUGGGCUCACUGAAAACUUGGUUCAAUGCAUUUCACGCUUUCAUCGUCUUCAAAACGACAAGUGAAAUAGACAAUGGAGUCUACUGGUGGUCACUUGAAAAGAAUCUGGAAUGCAUCGUUUUGCAAAGAUCCCGCAACAAAGACGACGUCAAGGACAAGUUGUACGGUAAAGAGCGAAAGCAAGUGAAACCCGACGCCGAGAAUUUGGCAGGGAAAGGUUCAAUCAAGGAUUUGUUUGGAAUGUUUUUGACGCAUGAAGUAAUUCAAGAACUCUACAAUCUCGGACUUUCCAACUGUCAGUCCUUGGUCUCUCUCGUCAGCAAACAAAUUACUGAAAUAGGAUACGAAUACGACGGUUUGGAAGUCAUCCCCCCUCGUCAGCGUCCACACUUCGCUUGGUUAUGCAACCGAAACGUCAUUCAGCGGCAAAAAAACUUGCAGGGGAUCCAAACUUUAACUGGUGUAAGUGAGUGGCCCCCUUUAUUCCAUCUCAUCUAUUUCGAAAAUGGGACUACCGAUCUUAUUGAUAAAGUGAUCAAGAGUGGGAACUUUGACAUCAACGCCGUCCACGGGGGAAUCACUCCGCUUCACUUUGCAGUUAUGUUGAAUAAAACCGAAAUGGUCAAACAUCUUCUAAAAGAUCCAAUCAAUGCCGACCCAACAACACGCGACAGCAUAUUCGGGAUGAAUGCACUUCAUUGGGCCGUACUGAACUGCUGGGAAGCAGAGAUCUUCGAUUUGCUCCUGGCUCAUCCCAAAGUCAAAGUUGACGACGUAGACGUAUAUGGACAAACGGCUCUCCAUUUGACCGCUCGUCUAUCCAACGUCAAGGCUGCUCAAAAAUUAUUAGAAAAAGAAGCCAGUCCCAGCAUUUUGGACAAAGACGGUGGGUCCCCUCUUCAUGUAGCAGCUUUGCAAGGCGAAACAGAGAUCAUCGAUCUAAUUCUUCAAGCUCAAAAGCACAACCACGUUGACGAAGACAAAACUGCAAAUGGAAGGACUGCACUUCAUUACGCCGCCGCCUUAUCCAAUGAAAUCACGGCCGAGCAUUUGAUCAACAAGGGCGCAGACCUCCAUUCUCGAGACAAUGAUGGCCUCACUCCACUUCACAUGGCUGCAUUACAUGCAAAGGACAUGAACAUCAUUGAUAUAUUACUCAAGCAUAUUAAAGAUGAAGACAUGCCCAAGUACAAAAACGAUGUCAAACUUGUAAGUCUCGCCUACAAAAACCAGCACUUACUAGGAACGGAAAUUGUUGCUCGACUCGAGAGAAUCAACAAUCGGAAAGAAAAACCUCAAAGUUGGGCUUACAAAAUACGUAACGUACCCCGCCAUGCCAUCAAGUAUUUCGGCAAAUUUUUCAUUAAGGACAUCAAGGAAGUCGCAAAUGUUUUUAAAAUGAACAGGAUAAGAAAACCCAAAACUUGGGCUGACAGAAUACUGGCAAAGUGUGCCAAUUAUUUCAUUUACGUCUAUAAGUUUAUAUUCAAACCUUCAACUUUUUUGUAUUCAAAUCUGUCUCGCUUGAGAAUAGCGAAGGCAAAGAAUUCACAGGAAAUUGAUGAAAUCUUAAAAGAAGAAAAAUUCGACAUCAACAGCCGCGAACAAAAUGGGCAAACUCCACUUUUAGAUGCAAUAGGCGCCAACAACGUGAAUGCUGUUAGACGUUUGCUGGAAAAAGGAGCCGAUUCCACCAAACGCAACUACAAUGGCCUUACUCCAUUUCAAGUGGCAGCGACACAAGAAAAGAAUUUAGAUAUUCUCGACUUACUUCAGGCAACCGGAAAAGUUAAAAUCGAUGACGGUGGCCAAUUUGGAUAUACUCUCCUGCAUUGGGCAGUGGCAACAUCCAACGUGAAUGCCGUUCGCUUCCUGUUGUCAAAAAGAGCUUAUCCAAAUGUUGCUGAUGAAAAUGAAGCCACUCCACUCCAUGUGGCGGCCUAUUGUGCAAAUACAAUUGACGUUAUCAAACUGAUCCUGGAAACGAAACAAGUCGACAUCAAUAGACGUGACAAAAAUGGCCAAACUGCUCUUCAUUAUGCAGUAAGAAGAAACAGAGUGAAAAAUGUACGCUACUUGCUGGAAAACGGAGCCGACCGCACCAUACGUGACGAGAAUGGCGACACUCCAAUUCAUCUGGCAGCAGCGGCAGUCAGUCAAGACUCGGCUAAUUACGCUGGAAUGACGGCGCUCCAUAUGGCAUUGAAGAAGUCCUAUUUUAAGGCAGCUCUCUUUCUGUUAUCAAAAGGAGCGAACCUCAACAUCGCAGAUGAAAAUGGGGUCACUCCACUACAACUGCUGAAGAAAGUUUUAAAAUACUUCCGACAACUGCAGAAGAAAGGCGCCAUGAAGAUUGGCAACCCUUGCGGCAAAUCCAGGUUGAAAUCCCACAGGAAACGUAGAGCAGCGCGUGGGCAGCGCGUGACUUCCAGGAUUCGCAACAGCUAUAGUCAGCAUUCAAAAUGGAAUCAAUGCAGAAAGAAAAGUAAAAUAUUAUUUGGAUUUCGGAUAUAAAUGCUGUGGAUUUGUGAUGUAAGAUUGAUUACGUGAAUUGGCAAUGCAUAAAUAUAGACAUUCAGUUGGUUGUUGCCCCCGGACAGUAAAUA